UCAGAUGCUUAACGGACCCCACUAUUUCACUUCGGACGGAGUAUCCAGAGUAUAAAAGAUUUGGGAUUGAAAAUCUACGACAUCACAAGUAACCGUGAGCAACAAAAGGAACCAUGUCUCUCAAGUUCGUCAUCCUCGCCUGCGCUGUGGCCGCAGCCAAUGCCGGAUACCUCGGCGCCCCAGUUGCACAGUACGCUGUGCCCCACGCCUUGACCGCCACCUCCGACAAUAUCCUGCGCAGCCCAGGAAACCUCGCUCAGGUCGCCACCCAGACUAAGACCAUCUCCACCCCCUACUCCAGCAGCAGCAAGUCCGACAUCCGUGUCAGCAACCCCGGUGUCUACGCUCACGCCGCACCCCUCGCAUACGCACAUGCACCAGUUGCCCAUGCCGCCCCUCUUGCCUACGCACAUGCACCAGUUGUACAUGGUUCCCCCCUCGCCUACUCAGCUGGACCAGUUGCUCCUUCUCACCUCGGGCUCAGUGGACUCGGUUACUCCCCAGCUGUCGCUGUCUCCCACGUCAGCUACUCCAGCCCCGUCGGUGUCUCCUACGGAUGGUAAAUCAGACCCACCUCCUCGAAUUCCCCUUGAAAAGUUUUUGUGCAAAUACGCUAUUUAUUGAAUAAAUACUCUGAAAACAA